UCGGGGCUCCAGGAGGGACCAGGCAGUCUAUGGAACACUUUACGCAGACUAUGGACUCUGUAUGCGGGGUUGCUGUCGGUGGAGCGGCGGGGGUCAGGCUGGGAGCCCUUCACUGUCCUUCCCCUUCUCAUUCAUGUCCCCUUCUGCUCUGAAGGCAGCGGAGGAACUUCACCGGGCACCUCCGGAGCAGCAGCAGCGGCAGCAGCAGCAGCGGCGGCGGCGCAAAGGCAGCGCGUCCGGCCAGGAGCGUCCGACAGGAGGGGGAGAAGAUGCGGAGCGGACCGCUGGUGACAUGAACUCCAACCCGUUCCUGGCUGCUUUUGUCAGGACCUCUUAUGUGCUGCAGAAUGCUCCAGUUAUCCACCGGUGAACCAAGUGAAAGCAGUCCUCAUCCGCAGCGGGAGCGGGGAGCGGGCGCAGCGGGCAGGAUGCGGACUGGGAGCCCGGUCUGAGCGCAGCGGUCUGCGUAAAGACGGAACAGCCCGGCUGGAUGUACAGGGGGAGGACUUUACGCGUUCUCGAAGGUUUCUGGACCCAAAUGUCAAGUCCUAAUGAAGCUUUAUUGUUCUGGAACCAGCAGUGUGUAACGUGAAAGAGAGAGAGAAAAAAAAAAGAAGACGCUGUCCGCCGAUAACCCUCCAGUGUGUCGUACAUGGCUCUGUCAGUGCUGAGCGCUUUGAAAAGAGCUCUACCCGGUGGUAAAAGAGUAGAGAGGCUGAAAAUGUGAUGGACUUCACUAAUGUUUCCCAGCUAAAUCAGGGACAGUGGCUGGAGAAGGAAUCAUAUUUCUUAAUGAGACUCUUGCUCUCGUGUUGGAAAGCUUAAGACAACUAAUUACCAAGGGAUUACUCAAGACCCUCUUCAGCACCAGGCUGGACACAGCGGUGGUGUUAAUCCAGCAUCCAAAAUCUGAUGACUGUUCUGUUGGAUUUUUCUGAUCUGCAUUUCUUAUCAUUUUUUCUCUGAUUUGUUUUCUGUCUUUUUUCCAAUCUGUUUGAAAUGGAGAUACAGUGGCGUUUAUGGAAUAAGGACUGGGUCUCUUUCAUAAGACCGUGGAUUCCUAUAUUAUUAGGUCUUCACCUCCAGUUCUCCCGGGCCUCCAACUGUCCCGAGGAGUGCCGCUGUGAUCGCACCUUUGUUUACUGCAACGAGAGGAGCCUGACCUCAGUGCCUCUGGGAAUCGGUGAGGGUUAUAAGACCCUCUACCUCCACAACAACCAAAUCAAUAACGCUGGUUUUCCCUUGGAGCUCCACCAUGUGGCUUCUGUAGAAACUGUGUAUCUCUAUGGCAACCAGCUGGAUGAGUUCCCCAUCAACCUGCCCAAAAAUGUGAGGGUUCUCCAUUUGCAAGAGAACAACAUUCAGACCAUCUCCAGAGCGGCUCUGGCUCAGCUUCUUUGGCUGGAGGAGCUGCAUUUGGAUGAUAACUCCAUUUCCACUGUAGGGGUGGAGGAAGGGGCCUUUCGUGAGGCAGUGAGCUUAAAGAUGCUCUUCCUCACCAAAAACCACCUGAGCAGUGUGCCUAUCGGUCUUCCAGACGAUUUAAAAGAGCUGCGAUUGGAUGAAAACCGGAUUGCGGUAAUCGCGGAGGAAGCAUUUAGGAAUGUCACCCGCCUGGAGCGCCUUCUGUUGGAUGGUAACCUGUUGACAGAUGAAGGAAUCGCGCCAGGGACCUUUCAGGACCUGGUCACCCUUAGGGAGCUGUCCCUGGCCCGCAACUCACUCACAUACCCGCCCCCGUUCCUACCAGGUGAGGUUCUUGUUAAGUUAAACUUUCAGGAAAAUCAGAUCAACCGAAUCCCUGUCAGGGCAUUCGCUGGGUUGCACAAGCUUGAGAGGCUGGAUAUUUCUAACAACCAGCUGCAGUCACUGACACAGGGAGUCUUUGAUGACCUCGUCAGUCUCAGACAGCUGACUGUUCGGAACAACCUUUGGCUGUGCGACUGCAGCAUCAAAUGGGUGGUGUCGUGGCUUAAGUCUCUGCCGGGCUCGCUGAACGUGCGUGGUUUCAUGUGCCAUAAACCCGAAAUGUUCCGAGGCAUGGUGAUCAGGGAGCUGAGCGCUGAGCUGGUCCAGUGCUCACAGAGUACCCCUACGGCGGCCCUGCCCUCCUCACCAGCUGGCACUGCGCUUUUCCCAUCCCAGUCCUCAUCUACACACUCCCCCAUGGUUACUCAGUACGCUCGCCCCUCCUCUAGGAAACCCUUCCCCACAUUCCCCACUCUCUAUCCUAUUUAUACAACCAGAGAGGGGGGGCUGAGGACUAAGCAACCUCUGGAUCCACGCAAGGAGAGUCUGCAUGUCACAUUUACUUCACUAAACGGAUCAGCUAUUCAUGUGAGCUGGGUGGCCGCCUUUCCAGUCACUGCCUAUAAGGUAACCUGGGCCAGAAUGGGGCCCAGUCUGAUGGGGGCGACUGUCAGGGAAAGGAUAGUGGGUGGGGAUCACCGGGGGAUCCGACUGGCUAACCUUGAGCCAAAGACCACCUAUCGGAUCUGUGUCAUUCCUUUGGAUGCGUUCAAUAAUUACCGGCCCAAAGACGACACUGUGUGCACUGAGGCCGUCACCACGCCGGCCUCCUUCAGCCCCGGCAACAACCACAACAACAACAGCAAAAGGCCGUCCGGACCCGAGCAGGCCACGCAACAAGAACCCAGCUCGCCUUUUUUGCUGGCCGGGCUGAUCGGCGGGGCUGUCAUCAUGGUACUGGUCGUACUCCUCAGUAUCUUCUGCUGGCACAUGCACAAAAAGGGCCGCUCCAAGUCGACCACCGACUGGAAAUAUAACCGGGGUCGGAGAAAAGACGACUAUUGCGAGGCAGGCACCAAAAAGGAUAAUUCCAUCCUGGAAAUGACUGAGACUAGCUUCCAGAUAGUCUCACUCAACAACGAGCAGCUCCUCAAGGGAGAUUUCCGCAUUCAGCCUAUUUACACCCCUAAUGGGGGCAUCGGUUUCCGAGACUGCCCCCUGGGGAACAACAGCACAGUCUACUGCAAGAACAAUGUUCAGGAUGCAGACUAUUCUCGCACAUGAUGGUUUUAGAGAGCAUCAGGAGCAUUUUUAUUAACAACCCUCCCAAAUUUCCAGGACGCUGUACAGUGUUAAUAUUCUUUGAAACUCCUGUGUCUUCAAGAAAUGUAAUUUAUACAACUGGCUGGACAGUAUCUUUUAUAUAACAACAUUGGAUUUAUAAGUUAUUGGUUUCUGGAGGUGUGCUGUUUCAGUUCUGUGCAAAACAAACAUGUACAAUCAGGAUUCAUUUCUUUCUACAUAUUUAGGCUGAGUUUAAUUUGGAUCUGAUCUUCAAUAGUGAAUGAUUUUUGAAGUCAUUACAUGCUGUGACCAUGACAGAUACAGAAUCCACAGUGGGUCUGUAGUACAUAGUACAUCACAAGAGUAAUGCGAGCGGCUUGUAAAAAUGUGUAUGAGAGGAAGAGGAAAGGAGACAGGGCACAAUUCAGCCAUGCUCACCACUAGAGGGCGUAUUUUUCUGGAAAUUGAAAGUCAAACACAGUUUCCCUGUGACUGUUUUUAAUCAAGUCAUCACAGUAAUAUGGCACAUUUGUUUAAUUGUGACUACAUUCAAUAAAAAUGCAAAUUGAUAGAUACGUGCUAGAGGAAGAGGACAUAUUUUUAUGCAAAUUAAUCUCUCUGUGCUGCAAAAGGAAAUUUAAAGGUCACACUUAUUAAACAUUCACAAGAAGUGAGAGGCCGCAGCGCUUUCACCUGCUUUUCAAGAUUAAAGCGUAAUCACAAUUGAGGGUUUAUUUAUUCGAGCUGUUUGAUGGUGGGUGUCACAGAAUGAGCAGGGGAGGGGGGGGGGAGAAAAAAAAAAAGCACAUCUACCAUCUACUGUACAUUUAACCCAUAAAGAACCAACUCUUUCACUUUUGUUGAGCAAAAAUAAUGUUAUGGUAAAACAGUAUAUAUAUGUGCCUUGAAGUUAUCAGCUUACAAUGUCUUUUGAAUCCAUGUUUUUUGCACAACGGUGUACUGUAUAUACAUUCAAUUGAAUUGUUGUUGAGGAAACCUAUUGCUCUUGAUUAUUUAUUUACCUCAUUACACAUUUAAUUAAAAACAUAUCUCCAAAAGUGAA